CAAUAAUGUUUCAAGGGCACGACCAUACAGAGACCCCCCAAGCACACUGACAUGGAAAUACAGCCUCCAGCCUUAUGCAAGUGUAACAGCUCGUUUUUAUUUAAAAGCUGUAGGUCCGGCUCACACCGCGCUGAACCACGGCAGUUCCCAGAACAGGCCGGCCCCCUUUUUUUUUUCUUUUUUUGGUUUGGCAGCGCUGACAGCGAGUUGAGUCGUGUCGCUCGCCGCUGCUCAACUCGCCAGCUAGUUCACAGCGAGAGCCGAGGAGCGCACAGCGCAGCUGUCACAAGGGUCUGCUCGACUCCGCUCGCUUGCUUCUGCAAAACGCGUUAAAGGUUACUUGAUAACGGAUCUCGUUUAUUGUAACACAAGCGCCUCCUAGUGGCCGGACCGGUGUAAGACAGCAGGAGCCCAGCUGUGAACACGCCGAGCAGAGCAAAUCAACUCAGAUGUUUUCCGGGUAAAUCUCUCAUGGAUUCCAGCUGUCCUGGGAGAGGCUUGAACUCCGCUGCCAAAUAUUGAGCGCGAAACGUUUUCCCGAAAAUGGGUUCAGGGAACGCCAGAGUGUCCCGGAUCUUCAGGGAAUACCAAAACAACGAGAUCAUCACCUUGCAUUACAACUACACGGGGAAGCUGCAGACUAGCAGGUACCAAGCAGGACUCAAACCCGAGGCCGUCGUCUUCUUAUUCAUCUGCACCUUGAUUGUGCUGGAGAACCUGGUGGUGCUGAUAGCCAUCUGGAAGAACAAGAAGUUCCAUUCCCCCAUGUACUACCUCCUGGGGAACCUGACCCUGUCAGAUCUGCUCGCUGGGGUGGCCUACGCCAUCAACAUCGUCAUGUCCGGCUCCAACACCCUGAAACUCACGCCUUUGCUGUGGUUCUUCCGCGAAGGAGGGGUCUUCAUCACCCUCACAGCCUCGGUGGUGAGCCUCUUGGCCAUUGCCAUCGAGAGGCAUGUCACCAUGGUGAAGAUGAAGCUCUACCACAAAGAUAAGAAGGGCAGGAUGUUCGCCCUGAUCGCUGCCAGCUGGGUGCUGUCCAUCGGCCUCGGGGUCCUUCCCAUCGUCGGGUGGAACUGCUUGCAGGAGCUGGAGCGGUGCUCCACCAUCCUGCCCCUGUACUCCAAAGACUACAUCCUCUUCUGCAUCAGCGUCUUCAUCGCCGUCCUCCUGUCCAUCCUGGUGCUCUACAUCAAGAUCUACAGGAUCGUCAAGCUCAACAGCCAGCAGCUCGGCUCCCAGCGGAAAGGGGCGGUCAGGAAAUCCCAGAAGCACAUGGCCCUCCUCAGAACGCUCACCGUCGUGGUGGGCACCUUCAUCGCCUGUUGGUUGCCCCUCUUCAUCCUGUUCCUCCUGGACGUCGCCUGCCAAGCCCUGAGGUGCGGCAUCCUCUACAAAGCAGACUACUUCUUGGGGUUGGCGAUGCUGAACUCCCUGCUGAACCCGAUCAUCUACACCCUGACCAGCAAGGACAUGAGGAAGGCCAUCCUCAAGCUACUCUGUAAAUGCAUCCUGAACUCCAAGGACAGGAAAGUCAAGAGGUUCCUGGACUGGAGCACCAGCAAAUCGGAGAAGUCUUCCCACCGGCUGGAAGGCAUGGAGGUGACCGUGUCUUCUGGGAACGCCAUGCCGUCUCCGAUCAAACCCCUCUGUCCCAAGAUCGUGAAGUCUUGAGCUGUGCCCAUUCGGUAAAAGGCACGGGCUGUGAGCUACCGUGUCGAACCUCCCGUACUGAUUCAGCGGUGGUGUGUUGGCACUGUUUUUUGUCGUGGCGCUGGCAGUGACGCUUUGUAAAACUGCAGAGACUGUGUUGGUCUUUAUGAAGUUCACUGCAAGAGCCAGGCUGAAAACCAACACACGCCAUGCUGGCCAUCGCUGGGCUAUUCAGGCAGUGCUGGGACGUUGCUUAGGGACGAUGUGGGUCUCUCUGGGGCAACUUGGAUACAAAACAAAGGAAUAUAAAGAUGAUCUUGCACUGAACCACCCUGCCUCACUGCUAACUGUUCCACGAUCAUUUGUGAGCUCGGACUGCCGUAUAGAGUGUGUGUGUGUUUUAGGGGAGCCUGUACUUGUUCAAUAACAGUUUGCUGUACAUAGCGAGGUGUGCAUGCUGUUUCAAUCACAGGACUUCAAACUCAAAUUAGCACCCAGUCCUUGGUUUCAAAAUCCUCAAUUAACUAUAUAUUAUUAAUAAUAGACUUCAUUGAGGGGAGCAACAGCAGGGCUAGUGUGAGUUUCUAACCCUGCUCAAA